CUUCCGUUUUUCGCCCUCUCUCUUUCUCUUUCUCCCCUAUUCUCUCUCUCUCUCUGUCUCUCCCUCGUUUGGACCGCUUUGUCUUUCCAAAGCGAAUAGAAGGACAGUGUGUGUCUGAGCACAUUUACUGUCCCGAAACCUCCAUGCUCGAUUUCUGGACGAAAAUCCGACCGUUAUUCCUGGAAAUAAAGGACUGUAAGUACAAAGAAUGUCAGAGAAAGGUUCCAUCGCCGAUGUGAAGAAUGCCAUGGAGGGAGACAGCAAAAGAACAAGAGACCAGGAUCAUGACUCAAAGUUGUCUGAUGAACAUCGUGACACAGAUGAUUCAUCUGAGAAAACAUCCAGCAGGAUGUCGAGGUCCCCACAGAAAUCCUCCAAAAAACCAAAGACAGUUCCUGUGAAAGUCACGCUGUUGGAUGGAACUGAGUAUGAAACUGGAGUGGAGAAAUCCUGUAAAGGUCAAGUCUUGCUGGAUAUGGUAUGUGAGCAUCUAAACCUGCUGGAGAAGGACUACUUUGGCCUGAGCUUCUGUGAUUCUGACAGUCAAAAGAACUGGCUGGACCCGUCAAAAGAGAUCAAAAAACAAAUUCGGGUAGGCUCUUGGCAGUUUUCAUUUGCUGUCAAGUUCUAUCCUCCUGACCCCUCACAGCUAAUAGAAGACAUCACUCGGUAUUACCUGUGUCUUCAGUUAAGAGAGGACAUGCUGUCGGGGCGCUUGCCAUGUUCAUUUGUCACACACGCUUUGCUAGGCUCAUACGUCGUGCAGGCUGAGCUGGGAGAUUUUGACCCAGAUGAGCAUGGACUUGACUACAUCAGCGACUUCCGCUUCGCUCCCAACCAGACACGUGAGCUAGAAGAGAGGGUUAUGGAACUCCAUCGCACUUACAGGGGCAUGAGUCCCGCAGAAGCUGAGAUGAACUUCCUGGAGAAUGCUAAAAAGCUCUCAAUGUACGGUGUUGAUCUUCAUCAUGCAAAGGACUCUGAGGGCAUUGACAUAAUGUUAGGUGUGUGUUCAAGUGGAUUGUUGAUCUACAGGGAUCGUUUGCGCAUUAAUCGUUUUGCCUGGCCCAAGAUUCUUAAAAUCUCCUACAAGAGAAGCAACUUUUACAUCAAAAUCCGCCCUGGAGAGGUAGAGAAAAAGUAUGAACAGUUUGAGAGCACCAUUGGCUUUAAACUGCCCAACCAUCGAGCUUCCAAACGCUUAUGGAAGGUCUGCAUCGAACACCAUACCUUUUUCAGGUUGGUGUCUCCUGAACCCCCACCCAAAGGCUUUUUGGUAAUUGGCUCAAAGUUCCGCUACAGUGGGCGGACCCAGGCCCAGACUCGUCAGGCGAGUGCAUUAAUUGACAGGCCGGCUCCUCAGUUUGAGCGAUCGGCUAGCCGGAGGCACUUACUCUCACGCAGUCUAGAGGGGGCAUCUGCUCUGGGCGAUACAAUGGACAGACUCUCACAGCAUACCUCCAGUGACCCUACACAUAGUCUCUCCAGAGAUGAUCUGGACCGGGAUUACAUGGGGUCUAGUCUGGAGCAGGAUCUGGACCAGCAGCUGAAGCAUACCUUAGACAGGAGAUCAGACAGAGAUGCUACGCCAUCAAAGACCAUGGGGGAGGAGCCAGGCUCUCCUCUAGACUCUAAGGCUGAGUCGGACCAGGAUUUGGCCCCUCGCCAUAAACAGGAGCAGUUCCUGGAUAAAUCUGAAGAUGUCCUGCAAAAGCACCAGGCAAGUAUCAAUGAGUUGAAGAGAGCACUGAGGGAGCCCAACAGCAAGCUAGUCCACAGAGAGAAGCGACUUUCUGUGACAUCUUCUGGCAGCACCCCAGAGAAAAAAACUGAACCCCUUCCCACCCCAGCAAUUCAUGCGGAACCUCAGGAGGAAGCUCAGAGAGAGCCAUGGGAGCGGCGACUGGGAUCAGUGUCUGAGGAUGACCCUGAUCCAGAUAAUCUGUAUCUCAAAGAGACCCAUCUGGGCAUUGAACGCAAAUGCUCAAGCAUCACUGUUAGCUCCACUUCCAGUUUAGAGGCUGAGGUAGACUUUACUGUCCUCAUGGACCUUCAAACAGGGAUGGAAGAGUUCUCCAGAGGAAUGUCAGAGCUAGGAGAGAAGGACUUCUCGCCUGAACUUUGUGUUUCAGACCGCCCAGCACAUCCAGCUUUCUUGCUAGGGUGUGAGCCCAUUGUCAUUCCGCAUGAGAAACCUGCUGAAUUCUUAAGGUCGAUGGAAGAACCAAAGCCCAUUAUAGAACAGAAGCCUGUAGAGCAACGUAAACCUGAGCCUUUUGUGCCAAAAAAAGCUCCAAGGUCAGUGAAGGCUGCUCAGGCAUUAAAAAAAGAAUCUGCAGAUCUUCAAAUCCAGCCAGUAGGACAAGAUGGCUCAGACACAGCAUCUGUACAGCUUCAUAGCAGAGAGAGCAGUGACAUCAUUGUGUCUCAAUCUCUAAGAAAAACAGAAGUCAAGAUUGAGACGCAGCCGAAUGGAUCAGAAGUUACCACAACCAUAAUGGAGAUAACAGACCAGGAUCAUGGUAUGAGUGGUCUGCGUGAAGCCCCGUUCUCAGUGACAGAAAGGAUCUCUCCUGUGAGCUUCGGAUCUUUGGCCAGAGAGGGUUCUGGGUCUCCUCUAUUUGUAACAGAGAAUGUGACAUCAGCCACAACACAUGUUACCAAAACAGUAAAAGGAGGAUACUCGGAGACAAGAAUUGAGAAGAGGAUUAUCAUAACUGGAGAUGAUGAUGUUGACCAAGAUCAAGCACUUGCCAUGGCAAUAAAAGAAGCCAAGCAACAACAUCCUGACAUGUUGGUAACCAAGGCCGUAGUUGUCAGGGAAACAGAAUCUUCCACACAAGAUACACACGAGCAAUUCAAGUCCUGAUCUCUUAGGCUGCCAGGACCAUUCACAGGAGAAGUACUGUAUUUUAAACCACCUACUGAUUGGUGGAUCAUGGACCCUUACUAUCCGGCAUCCAUCUGUCCUAACCCACAGGAUCCAGUGCCUCCCUGGUGGCACACAGAUAUACAUCCUUCCUUUCACAAUUCAAAUCUCACAUCUGUGCACCCAUCUGUCUGUUUUUACAUUUAACGUGGUUAUGCUGAAUUGGAAACUUUUCUCUGCCUGGUUCACAAUACAAUGCGCAUGCCAUGUUGGACCAUUCACCUAUUUGAAAACAAGUAUUUCUCUAGGUGUAUAGAGUGCUAUUUGAUAGGCAAAAGGAAAGACGACAUGCAAGCUUAUUUUUCAAUCAUCUUACCAUAGGAAAAGUAACUCAUCUCAGAGUACAGAUUACUGUUACAUGAUUAGUUAAAGUUAAAAUACUGUUCAAUUUUAAUUCUCAGACUAUUUAUGUGCAUGUGACAACAGUCACAUAAUAGAAACAAUCAACACAUCUUAACAAUGGGCACCAUCAGAAUACAGGGGAUCUGUGCACUCAUCAAACGAGCACGUAUGUUGUUGAACGAGCAUGGACAGAUUGCUGGACACAAGGACAACAGUUUGUGCCAAUCUAUUGAAGGACGUUUCUGAGAAGUAGUGGCUUUCUGAGAAGAGAAAAGAGAAAUCAUCAGGAAACGGCUCUAAACAAGGGUGACACAAAUACUUAAUUUAACAUGACAACAACCAAGGUCAUUGUUAUAAAGAUAAAUACUCUCUAUAGGCUUUGCUCCUGACAAAAGUGUCAUGUUGUAAUUAAUGUAUAUUUGGCCAUAGGUACCCCUUCAUUAAUCUUGUAUGAUUCUUGAUCAGUUAACAAAAUGACAUUUUCCAUGAGGUGCUAAUUCCUACUGUAAGGUGAGAACCCCAGUUGAAAAAUCCCUGUUGAAAAAAUAUAAGUAAAAGCAUUCCUUAACCUCUCUCCAGUUAUGCUUUAAUCAAUCAGGUAAUUAUGUAAUAUGAACACGUUCAUACGAAUGUUUUUGCACAAUAAUUAAAGAACCAAUGAAAAUAUUUUGAUUUAUGUUGGUAUUUUAAACUAAAAAAAAAAGUUAACCCCUAGAUAUAUGGACCCUAAUGCUAGCUAAGCAAAAUAAAAUGUGUUGAUUAAUUGUCAUGUGCAUGUCAAACUGCCCAAGUAUUAAGUACACUAGUUUUUAGAUUAAAAAAAGAAAUGAAAGAAGACACAAAUAUUUUAAUUUGUCUUUUUAAAUACCUCCACUCUCAUCAUUCAUCCUUUUUAUUUCUUUCUUCCUUUCUGUUUUUAGGAGAAACUGUCCAUCAUAAAUCACCAAGUCCCAUAAAGAAAUGUCUUUACAGUUUCACACUGUUUCAAUAUAAUGAUUGAUUACUCUGUGGUUGAUGUCAUGAGUGUUUUAUUUUUAUUUUCAAUAGACUGUUUGUGCAGUGAUUCUCCUUAAAUUCUUCCCUAUGUAAUGCUAGUGCUGGAACAGCCUAAAGAAUGAAUGCAGAUUUGCUUGUUGUAGUGUUUUAUAGGUGAAUGGGCUGUAAACUGUACAUGUAUUACUGUCCUUUAAAAUUAUACUUGGGGAUACUGUGUAAGGAUAAAGAAUCUCAUGCUCUGAUUUUCAUUAGAAAGCUGACUUGUAGAGGAUUGUGUUAUGGACCUUUAAAAAAGAAUUGUACCAUGUGAAUGUUUCAUAUAGGCACAUCUUUAACUUGAAAAUAUCAUGGGUAGAAUUAGAGCAUUAAGACAUUUAAGCAGUACAUUUACAGACUUAAAUGGAGUGGUUUUCCAGACAAGGUUAAAAAUAAAGUUUUAAUAGUGUCAUACUCCUAGAAGAAUAAAAUGUGGUUAUUUAACUUUCUAGCUUUAGCUCCCUGAUUAAAUUAAGGUAUCCUUCAUUAAAGUCACAGAUAGGAAAAUAGAAAUCCACGUUUUUAUUUUUAAACAUGUGGUUCUGAUUUGUGCUUUAUCUGGCCACACAUACUCUAGCUAAUGUUCUUUAUCGAUAUACUAAACAUUAGCAGAUAUAUAGCAAUCUUAGAACAAACUACUCAUCCCUUGCAUUGAAUUUUCACAGCUUGGUGUGCACUGUCUUUCAUUUUAUUUUAAAAAUUGCAUUAGUCAGCAAUCAGAAUUUAUUGCACUAUUUAGCAAAAGUCAAAAAUAAAUAAACAUAACAAUAGUAAUAAAAUAUAAUUAAUGGCUGGAAAACCACCCCUGGUUUAUUUAUGUAUUCAUUUAUUUAUAAUUAGAACUACAAAAGUGCCAUGGAAAGCUGCUAACUUCAUUCCAAGCCAUUCAUCAGCUACUUAACCCAGACUUCCAUCUCAAACCAAGACGUCCAAUAUAAGCCUAUGGCUGAUUUAGCAGUGCGAUUUAUCCUGCUUGUUAUUUUACAGCAUAGUUUUCUCCCAUUCUCCCACUGAGGAAGGGUUUAUGAGAGAUGAUUUGGUAAGGAAAUUGGUGACAUCUUUUGAGCAGAUGUUGCUUACAUUACAGGUCAGGGGUCAUAACCUCACCCUGCCUUUUCUAAUAACUAUUAAUCAUGUGCCAUGGAUGUCAUGUGCAAAAGGACAACAAACCUUACUGAUGAAAACAACUCUGCAUCUCUGCAUACUGUAUGUGACCCAUCACAUCAAGUUAGUUGGUAAGUUGAAUAGGUUUACUGUAAAUAUGACAAAUCACCUAAUGUGAUGGGUCACAUGAUCUAUUUAUUUUUUAUUUUUUGCAUUUACACUACUUUUACUUGUACUCUGUAACUGCUACUGCUUGGUUUCCUGUGUUUGGUGUACAGUGGUCUACAUUAAAUAAAUUGGCCAGUUAAUGCCAUGUGCUGUCAUAAAUUAGU